CUCUCUCUCUCUCUCUCGUCAGAUGAAAUGAAACCCACUUCUCUUCCAAAAGUCACUCCUGCUUUCACCGCAACCGACCACAGUUCAAAUCCUCCGCCACAAUGCUCCCGUCUCCCUCGCUCCCUCCUCCUCUUCUUCUCCUCUUCCUCGUCGUGUUCCUCUCCUCGCUCCUCUCUUGUUUCCCUUCUCUGUCCAUCAAUGCCCCUCCAAAGACCACCGCGCCGCCGCCGCCACCACCGCCGCCACCGCCUCGUACAAGCACUAGCACUCGAGCAAACACCAUGCUUCCCUCGGAAUCCGAGAUCCUGUUCAAGAUCAUGGAGUCCAUGUCCUCGGACCAAGACUGGAGAGCCUCGUACCCGCACCCGUGCGGGGCGGGCUCGUCCUGGCCCGGAAUAGAAUGCAAACCCGGCAAUGACAACCGCCCCCACGUCUCGAGGCUCGACUUCGGCACACUCCCUAACCCAACCUGCAAGCCCACGGCCACCUUCCCUUACCUCGUCUUCUCCCUCCCUCACAUUGAAUCCGCCUUCUUCUUCAACUGCUUCGCCCGCACCAGGACCACCCUCUCUGUUUCCCCGACCCGGCUCCUCAAUUCCUCCCUCCAACAGCUCAGUCUCAGAUCCAACCCUGCUCUCGUCGGUCCAAUCCCACCCCAGAUAUCCUCCCUCAAGUCCCUGGAAGUCCUCACGCUGUCCCAAAACCGCCUCACCGGUUUCAUCCCGGUCGAGCUGUUCAGCCUGAAAUCUUUAAUUCACCUCGACUUGAGCUACAACCUGCUCAUUGGCGCCAUACCUUUCCAAAUAGGCAAUCUGAAGAACCUUGUGGGCCUUGAUAUGAGCUACAACUCACUCGGAGGCUCGAUCCCGAGCACAAUUGGCCAACUGGGUCAGCUUCAAAAGCUUGACUUGAGCUCAAAUUCACUCAUAGGUGGAAUUCCUGACACCAUCGAGAAGCUGAACUCUCUGGUCUUCAUAGCCUUGAGCAACAACCGACUGAGAGGAAAAUUCCCCACUGGAAUGUCAAAGCUGCAGAAUUUGCAGUACAUUAUCAUGGAGAACAACCUAAUGAACAUACCUCUUCCUGUAGAGUUCGGCACGCUUUUGAAGUUGCAAGAGCUGAGGCUUGCCAAUUCAAGUUACUCAGGGACCAUCCCUCCUAGCUUCGCUCAGCUCAUGAACUUGAGCACAUUGUCUCUCCAGAACAACCAGCUGACUGGCGAGAUCCCCGUCGGGUUCGGGACUCUGUCCCACAUAUACCACUUGAACCUGAGCAGGAACUUUUUGACCGGCGUGGUCCCAUUUGACGCCAGCUUCUUGAAGAGGCUGGGCAGGAACUUGGAUCUCGGUGGCAAUCGUGGGCUGUGCCUGAAUCCAACCGAAGCAUCCAGUGUCAAGAUCGGUGUCAAUGUUUGCAAGACCAGCAAGAACGGCUCUUUGAUCGUACCAAUGAAGCAAUCUGAAGCUGCAUCUCCCAUUCUCGAUUGGUUCUACCUUAUUGGUGCCCUGGGUAUUCCCCAAGUACUGUUUUCAGUAUGGUUUUAGUGAUUCGUCCCAGUCACCUCUUCACUUUCA